AUGGCCGAUUUAUUAUUCCCACAAUUGGAGCGUCCGCUGCCAUCGAUGCCCUCAUUGCACUAUACCCUGUAUGCGUAUCGUGAGGAGCUAAGACGUCGGGAUGUCCCCUUCAUGAAGAUGUCCACCAUCAAGCUGCACCUGACGGAUAAUUUGAUAUUGCAGACCAUCAAGAACAUACGACAGUUCGACACCAUGGAGAUUAUGAAUCUGAACAGGGAGAUAACCUUCAAGCGGCGCCUCACCAAGCAGAUGCGCAAGGUGCGGAAACUGGAGAAGCUCGGCCUGAAUAUCGAUCCCCGGAAGCUCACUGAGGGCGGACAGUGGCACUGA